ACAUAUACACUGUUAGUCCUGCGCGUUGGCCGUUCAGCAAGAAAAAGUAAAAGUGAAAAUCAGGCCCUUGAAAUUUGUGUAUUAUUCAUUAAUAAUGCAUGAUUAAUAAUAAAAAAUAAAUUGUGCGCGUGUCAUUUGUUUAUUUUGGAAUACAAACGGUUACGAUUUUUGCAAUUAUUGCGCGCGAGUGUGUAGAACAAAAAUAGAGUAUAAAGACGCGAAUCCCAGUUUGGAUUUUGCAAUUCCUGGUGUGCUGUAAUCUAUAAUUGCGAUAUACUACUACAUAUAGCACAAACACACGCACAGCUCAUGAUUGUAUACGUAUACGAGAACAAGCAGCCAAACAUAUACCAAUAAAAGCAACGACCAAGACGCCCCCACAUUGCCCUUGAGCUGGCGUUGUAGAAGCAUUCGAUUUUUCACAACAAGACGUGAAAAACUCGAGAGAAAACCCCACAACAACUGACGCGCUUAAUAUACUUAAUAAAUACACAUAGACGCAUAUACAAAUAACUACAAUAAAAACAAAUACAUUUAGCAACGGAAAUGGAUGUACUCAAUCAAAUUCUCAACAUUAAUGCUGGUGGCGCCUAUGGCGGAGGCAAGGCAGGUGGCGCCUUCGACCCCGUCACAUUUGCCAUGAAACCUCAAGUUGUCAUACGUGCCCUCUGCUGGCUCUUUUCCAUCGUCGUAUUUGGCUGCAUAUCCUCCGAGGGUUGGGUGGAAAAGGAUGGCAAAGAGUAUUGCCUAUACAACAACGAUGGCAUGGCCUGUAAAUUUGGCAAUACAAUUGGCGUUUUCGGCUUUCUCGCCUCAAUGGGCUUUAUUGGAGGCGAGUUUCUGUUCGAGCGCAUGUCAUCGGUGAAGAGCAGAAAGCGUUACGUCAUGGCGGAUAUGGGAUUCUCUGCUGCUUGGGCAUUUUUCUACUUCAUCGCGUUCUUCUAUUUGUGGUCCCAGUGGAGCUCAGCUCCCAUGCCACCCUAUGGCAUUGGAGCCGGAAGCAUGAAGACAGCUAUUGUCUUUUGCUUCUUCAACAUCUUCAGCUGGGCCUUGUGUGCAUUUAUGGCUUACAAACGUUUUCUGAUUGGCGCUGGUGAUGAGUUCACCUCGGCCUUUGAGACUGAUCCGGCCAAUGUUGUGCAUCAACAGGCAUAUAGCUACUCCAUGGACAAUGAUAAUGAGCAGUAUAGCGCCUCACCAUUUGGCCAGCCCCAGCAGGGCAUGGAGCAACAACAGCCUGGCAUGGAGUAUCAGCAACCCACCUACUAAAUGAAGCGAAGUGUAUUUGUUAGCCUCAGUUGCGGGCAAGUUGUGCUCCUCCUCCGUUUUCGAAACCCCUUGAUUGGUAGCGCAAAUGGCAAAUACAAUUUAUACACCAACUAUUUACAACUAUAGUACACAUGUUGGGAUAACUUAAUACACCGAUGUGAAGCAUAUACGAACAACAACAAAAACAAAACAACAACAACAACAAUGCCAUUCAGCGAGCUUUAGCGAGCAUACAAGUUUAGGAAAGCUGAAAACAAAACUGCUUAGUUAAAAAGCCCUAUCCUUAUACAGAAUAAUAUUAAUGAUAAUAAUUUAUAAGCUAGCCCCUUAAGUUCAGUGUGCAGUUUUUGUAGUGAAAAUUUGUUGCAAUACUUAUAUACAAUUAUGAUAUAUACAUACAUACUACAAAUACUAUAUACUUAUGCUUUAAACGUUGUUAGUUAUUUAGUAGUAUAUGUAUUGUAUUGUAAUCAUUAUUCUUGUGCAAGGCCCUGGCCCUCAAUACUCAAAUACUCAGUUCUGGGUUUUGGCUUGUUUACGAUGACAAUAGCUUGACAACAAAA